AUGGCAUCCGUCAUACCUCCUGUGGUUCUGAUCACAGGCGCUAAUCAAGGGCUCGGCUUCGCCAUCGCGGAAGUUUUCUCCCAAUCCCAGCAUCCCUACACCAUCCUUGUUGGAGCACGCGACCAAGCUCGAGGCGACGAGGCAGUUCGCAAACUGCUCCGCACAAAGACCAACGACAAGACUGCCAUCUCCACGAUCCAUAUCGACGUCGCCUCAUCAGAGAGCAUCACCGGGGCGUUGAGUAAAAUCUCCACCGACUAUGACCGCCUUGACAUCCUUGUCAACAACGCCGGCAUUUUUGGUGCACUGGGGAAAAUGUGGAACUCGACGACCCGCCCUGACUGGCGCGCCAUCUUCGAGGUCAAUGUAUUCGGCGCGAUCGAGCUAGUCGAAACGGCUUUCCCACUCCUGCUCAAGUCGUCAUCUCCACGGGUGAUUGUUGUGACCUCGAACAUGGGCUCAAUUAGCAAGGUUGCAGAUGGGCAUGUGCCGUGUGGAAGUGUGGGCGCGUACUACAGCUCGUCCAAGGCGGCGAUCAAUGCGAUGGUGGCCAAUUGGAGUCAGACGCAGAAGGAGAUCAAGUUCUGGGCGACGUGCCCGGGAUUGGUGGCUACUGAGUUUGGAGGAGACUUCACGAAGCAGAACGGAAGAGACCCGAAGGAGGCUGCUGAUAUUGUGAGAAAGUGUGCUGAGGAUGAGAAGAACGACGUUGUUGGGCGGAUGAUCUGGGACCAGGAUGGAAAGUCUGGCGUGUACGAGUGGUGAUCAUAGAGACUGAAGCCAAA